GUGCCUUCACAGGCUUCCUGCCCUGCAUACAAGAGUGUGGACAUUUAUGGGGAACCACUGUGGCAGCCUCCCACUGGAUUAAACUGUGGGGAUGGAAAGGUGAAUCAGGAGGGCUGUUUGUGGAAGUCAGACCACAUAGCAGGAAGAGUUAACAGCAAGAUGGAUUUGGGAAAGGACCAAUCUCGCUCGACGCUCCAUCAGACACCUGGUCCUCAUCAAGAAGAGAACCAUGUUCCAGAAAUCAUUGGAACUUGGAAUCUGCGAAACAGAGAACAACUCAGGAAAAGAAAAGAGGAAGCACAAGAGAAGCAAACUUCACAAUGGCAAUUUGGAGAGAAAAAAUGCAAGAGGCCAAGGAUGGGAAAAGGAAAUAAAAGAGGCAGAAAGAGACAACAAAACACAGACCUGAAGGUGGAGCCUCAGUCACAAUUUAAAAAGGACAUGAGGGAGAAAGCAUUAGCACCUAUGGAGAAAGAACUUGAACCGCCUAGGACUAUAACUGAAGCGCUCUAUCUGGUAGCCUCUCCCAAAAAAGUUGUGCCUGAGAAACAAAUUUUUGCAAUGGAUCAAGAAGGCAUUAUACAUCAGGCCAAUUCUUCUGAGAUACAAGAAACAGCAAUACAAAACCACUCUUCUGAAACAUGCCAAGAUAUGGCUGAUCCUGAAGUCCUCUCUCCUAAAAUAAGCCAAGAAACAGCUGUACUUCAAGGCCAUCCUUCCAAAAUGUGCCCUGAUAUGGCUGAACCUGAAGCCCUCUCUUCUAAAAUGUGCCAAGAAACAGCCAUACUUCAAAACCAUUCUUCCAGAAUGUGCCCUGAUAUGACUAAACCUGAAGACCUCUCUCCUAACUUGUGCCAAGAAAUAGCUGUACUUCAAGGCCAUCCUUUCAGAAUGGCUGAACCUGAAGAUCUCGCUCCUAAACUGUGCCAAGAAACAGCUGUAGUCAAAGUCCUUCCUUCUAAAACUGAAGACACAGCUAACCUGGAAGGAUGCUCUUCCGAAGCAUUCACCACACCAGAUGUGCCUAAAGGCUAUGCUCAUGAAACAUACCAGAAAAGAGAUGAACCUGAGGAAUACAAUUCUGAACCAGAUCAAGGAAUUGCUGAGAUUGAAAGCUUCUUGCCUAAAACAGAAGAAAUAGCUGUGCCUAAAGACCUUUCUACAAAAACACACCAAGAAACAGUUGAACCCGAACACUUCUCUCAUGAAACAUAUAAAGAAAUUGCUGUGCCUAAAGCACCCUCUCAUAAGACAAUCAAAGAAAUGCCUACUGCUGGGGAAUAUCCACCUGAAAUAUACCAAGAAACACCUGAGUCUGAAGACUCUUCGCCUGAAAUAUACCAAGAAACACCUGGGUCUGAAGACUAUUCGCCUGAAAUAUACCAAGAAACACCUGGGCCUGAGGACCUCUCCACCAACACAUAUAAAAAUAAGGAUGUGUCUCAAGAAUGCUUUCCAGAGCCGUACCAAGAAACAGAUGGGCCCCAAGGCCAGGAUCCUAAAGCACACCAGGAGGAUGCUAAGGAUGUUUAUACUUUUCCUCAAGAAAUGAGAGAAAAACCCAAAGCAGAGGAACCAGAGAUACCAGCAAUUCCAAAUGUUCCUCAAGAGAUUCAUCCAGAAAAUGACGUCUAUAGUUAUGUUUUGUUUUAACGAUGCUCAACCAUCAGUUGUCCAACAAAAUACACAUCUUAGUAUA